GCCACCCACACCUGCAGGCUUUAAUAAAGGAAGAGAAGGAGAGGGCUCACAUAUGUUUUUGUUUUUUCUUUUUCCUCCUGCCACGUCCUGCUAACUUCCUGAGGAAUCGAUCCCUCCCACAAGCAGGCAGUUAGCUGUGACUGUCAUGCAUGGGAAGUGAGGUGAUCGCUGGCUAAUCCCAGGGCUGAAGUUCCUCAGACACUUCAGGAAUGUCUAAUGCCCCUUUGGUAGGGUCUUAGGGUAGUGUUGGCAUGGCAGGGACAACUUCCACUGCUGUAUUUUAUCAUAUCUUGGCAACUUUUCUUCAUCAUCUCCAUUCCCAAAUUGAAUUCCCAAGAAUCUGAGAUGGGUUGUUGAAAAUUCCUCCAGCGGAAAGGCCGGCUCCUUGUUUAAUGACCAAAAAGCUUGAGACUUAUCCAUGUUGACCAGAGACCAGGAGUAACUUCAGUGAUUGUCUUGUGCUGUGGGAGGUGCUGAUGCUGCUGCAUUUGUCCUGAGUUUUCUGCACAUCCAGACUGGAACACCAAUCAGAAACCAGAAGAUUCUGAUUGGUGAGAGCCCUCAGCCUGUUCUAAGCCAUACAAUGUACCUUCUAUCCCCUAAUCUUGUAGCAGCACUGUCACUGAUACCAGUUUAUAAGCUGUGCCCACACUUUGAAAAACAGAUCAAUCCCUUGGCGACAUGAAAUAAGGCUCCCAGUGAUUUUCUGUGAUUAACAGAGAAACCAAAAUGAGUCUCAGGCCGGCUACCCUCGUUUUAGCAGCAACCGGGUCUUUGCUGGGUGGGCUUCUAUUCGGAUAUGAGCUGGGUAUAAUUUCCGGGGCCUUGCUAAUGCUGAAGGUUGUGCUCCAAUUGACUUGUUUUGAGCAGGAGGCGCUUGUUAGUGCUGUUUUGUUCGGGGCUCUGCUGGCCUCUCUUAUUGGUGGAUUUAUCAUUGACCAUUCGGGGCGUCGGACCUCCAUACUGGGCAGCAAUCUUGUGGUGUUGGCUGGAAGCAUCAUUCUCAUAGCAACCUCAUCUUUUUGGUGGUUGGUAGUUGGACGGGCCACCAUUGGAUUUGCCAUAUCGAUCUCCUCUAUGGCAUGUUGCAUUUACGUCUCUGAAAUUGUCCUCCCCCACAAACGUGGCACUCUUGUGUCUCUUUAUGAAACGGGCAUCACUGUUGGCAUCUUGAUUUCCUACGCCAUGAACUAUUUCCUGUCCGGUGUUAACGAGGGCUGGAAAUAUAUGUUUGGGUUGGCUAUCGUACCGGCAGCUUUUCAAUUCAUCGCCAUUCUCUUCCUUCCUUCCAAACCUCACCAAUUAAACUUUUUGGAGCAAGAUACGGAUAACGGCUUGAUUGAACUGGAGGAAGCCGGGGAAUCAUGGGAGUUCAAACCCGACACGUAUGACAAACAGUACACGUUUCUUGACCUCUUUCGCUCUAAGGACAAUAUGAGAACAAGGACACUGCUGGGCCUUGGGUUGGUGCUUUUCCACCAGUUUACAGGCCAACCCAAUGUACUUUACUACGCAUCAACUAUAUUUCGCUCAGUGGGCUUCCAAAGCAACUCCUCGGCCGUCCUGGCAUCCGUUGGGCUUGGGGUGGUCAAAGUCGCUUCAACGUUAAUUGCUAUAUGUUUUGCAGACAAAGCCGGGAGGAGAAUUUUACUUCUAGUCGGCUGCAUCGUGAUGACCAUCGCCAUGUUUGGAAUUGGGAUUGUAAGCUUCACGGUCAAAAUUGACUCCCACAGGGACUGCGCUGCUGUAACAAGCAAGAAUAUGUUAUAUGGGGAUUCCAAUGCUUCUCAAUUGCUUGGGAUAAUUCAUGCUGAGACCCCAACCAUAAAUACACCAGAUAAUUCAGCCCACCAGCUGGCCAUGGCGAUUCGAUCCCCAUCCUUAUCAAACAGUGCCGGUAGCAAGCACACAACUUCAAUGUUCCCGAAUGCCACCGUGCCCCCUGCUGGCACCGAGUUACCUUUUAAUUACGCCAUUUUGAACUGGAUCACUUUAUUGAGCAUGAUGGUCUUUGUUGGUGCUUUCUCCAUUGGACUUGGUCCCAUGUCCUGGUUAAUUCUGAGUGAAAUCUAUCCAGCGGACAUCAGAGGGAGAGCAUUUGCUUUCUGCAUCAGCUUCAACUGGGCUGCCAACUUGCUGAUUACACUCACCUUCCUGGAUGUUAUUGGUUCUAUAGGUCUGGGCUGGACUUUCCUGAUGUAUAGUGGGGUGGGCAUUCUGGCCAUUGCCUUCAUUUACUUUUUCAUUCCCGAAACCAAAGGACAGUCCCUGGAAGAAAUCGACCAACAGUUGUCAGCGAAAAGGAUAUCAAAGAGAAAAGAAUCAUCUAAAGGAGUUCGAAAGAGACCAUCCUCUGGCCCUCCAUACCAAAGAAUAGGAACAUCAAACAUAAAUUAGUCUGGUGGAUGUGGAUAGUCAACAAUUAGAGGUCAAGUCAAGUAAUUGGUCCACAAGAAGAGUGGACAAUGUAGGAUGCUAAAAGAACUCUGGUCAAUUUUUCAUCCAAAGAUUUUCUUGGCUUGGUUUUUAUAUAGAAUCAAUAGUUUUUAAGGUUCUGCUACAACUUUACAUGAAUAGACAUGGGUCUUCCUAUGCCUUGAUUGUCCAGCCACCUGAUGCCUUGGAAAUAAGCAAUAAAGGGAAAACAGAGUGACAAGUUUAAAAUAGGUUUUAGAGAGUAGAGGUAAAGCCCACUUUAAACUUGAGAUUCUUUUAUUGGUACUUCUCCCAGCCUUCAGCCUUGUGCUUGUUAAAGGAGUCAUAAACCUUCUUAUAACAGAGCUUCUCCACCAAAAUAUUGUAGGAAUUCAAAUCCAAGUGCAAGCUGUAUAUAUGGGCAUAUAGAAAUGACUGGCUACCCUUUGGACACCCCACUAUCAUAGAUGCUUAGGGAUGUAGGGAAUUUAACAUGAUAUAUGGGGGUUGUAACUUAAAAGACAAAGGAGCUGUGGGAAGUGGCACAGUAGUCCUUUCACCAUUAAAAGAAAAUCAAAUUUAAUGUGGAGUUUAACUUGCCCUUUAAAAGAGCACAUGUUUACAAAUUUGUGGAUUGGUUUAGUUUGAUUGGUCGGAACUAUAAGGGGGUCAAAACAAAAGAAUAAAAGAUUUACACUUGGCCUAUUAACCUGUGGCAACCAAUCAUACGCUGGCUUUCAUAUGUUACCGGCUGCACGGUUACUAUGGGCUACAAGGACUGAUGCAAAUACUGUAUUGUCUCUUGUGUUGCAUAAUCAUAUUUCAGUGUUACUAUAAUGUAAGGGAUAAGAAGCUUUCUUUUUACUUUUUAUUAUUAAUAUUAUUUGACAGUUGUUUCUUGUAAGAGGGAACUGCUCUGGAUUGGUUAUAUACUAUAUUUGCUAUUUAAUUUAAAUGAUUUCUGCCGCUAUAUAACAAAAUGAUGAUGAUAAUGGUGAUAUUAAUGCAAAAUAGAGGAUUCCUUAUUAUAGUUAUUAAAGUUUUUAUAAUUUAUUAUAUAAGAUAUCAUUUGUAUUUAAGUGCCAUAGCUUUUGUACCUACAAUUUUGCUUUUUUUUGUCAUUAUAAUUAAAAAUACAUGAAC